AUGAUGAAGAAUCGUCGUGUCCCGUCGACUAUUGUCCGGAAGGCCGGACCAUCGGAAUACCGUUACCGCUGGACCAUCGAAUGCCUUAUCUGCUGCGAAGGUGAAAAAAGCAAAGCCGGAGAUAGUGAACGCUACCGGAUUUACCGAAAUCGAAUCGUCUUUCUACCGCAUAAUCGUAUGGCACUGUGUGAUACCAAAUAUCUCGACAAUAUCUACAACUACAAAAUAUGUCUACAAACGCUCAAACCCGCACUUAUAGACCGCCUGAAAUCUAUCGUUGUAAUCGAUCCAAUCAAAUUCAAUCUAAAACUCGUGGCUACGUACCAUAAGCCGCAAGUCGAUAAUUCAGCCGAGAACAGAGCGUUCGAGAUUUCAGCCAGGCCAUUAUUUUCCGAUAGCGAAAUAGAAAAUAUUGUGGAAGAAAAAUUCGCGAAAUUAUUAAAAGAAGAAGAAUUAUACCAAGGACGUGACAGUGGAUUCUCGCUACAGACGAUAGAUGGCCUUUUAUUAGGAGUAUACAAACUUACAUCUACGAACUGAUCGA